GAUACGAGCUGCGCAGAGAGCGGCGCCGCUGUUCCGGCAACGCUUCGUCUUCACGCAGAGCAAUCUGGGGGCAGGCGCAGCGCUUCGAGCUUCCAAUGCGGCUAUCGCGCGGCUGAGCACCACGGAGCAAUCUUUGGAUACUAUGCUUCCCAAGCACAGCGCCAGGGCUGCUUCUCGCCUCGUCUCGUGCAUUUCAAUGGGCUCCGUGCGUCACGGUGCCGAGGGCUAUUUCGUGCGCUACGUGAGCCCUUACUGAGGCUAAACCGGUACGGAAGGAUGUGUACGUUAAGGUGUUUAGACGGGUCAGCAUUUUGUUUUUUCAUAAAAUUUUUAAAAAAGGUUUGGUCUGUUGCAACUUCUUCCGCUGUUCUUGACGAGACUUUGCUUUGCUUUUGUGAGACCUGUGGACGCCGCCCGCCACCUCCGCUCCGCCAGCCCGGUGGACGAGCGCCGCCUCUCCUGCAUGGGCUUUAAAGUGGAGGAGGAGAAUGGUGCAGGCUGGGAAGGAGAAGCCAAGCAGGAGACCACCAAACCGAGCGCAGCGGCCCAUGAUCUGGCAGGAUGGCAUGGCCGAGGUGAAGGAGACGUUCCGGAGGGUGGCAUUGGUGAAGCACGCUGGGUUCUCGGUGUGGGAUGACCCGCGCAGGGGUCCCACGCUUGAGAAGAUCUUACGGUGGAACAGGCAGGCCAGGAAUUUGUCACAGGUGCCAAAGUCACUUCGAGAGAAAAUCCCCGUCAAGGUCCUCAAGGAGAUUCAGAACAACCGCUCGGUCACUGGCUACGUCUCUCAGACACACCUCCAGAACGUCAAGGGAAUGUGCCAGCGGAUCCACUCGCAAAAGUCGUUCAACGAGCGCCGGAAGAAUCUCUACGACCCGACCAUGUAUCCAGUCUUCGUCCGCCGUCCUCCCACUGUGGCUUGCCUCAUCGACACCUCCGAGCUGGACACCAGCCCGAGAAACAUGCACUCUCACUUCCGGAGCCGCAGGAGGCCUUACUCGUCCCCCGCGUAUGAUCAUAUGGCUCCGCUCUCCUACACGCCUCAGCCGUUCAAGCUGCUCUACGAUAUCUCAAACGGUUCGUAUCCAGUGUGCUCGUUCGCCAAGAGGCCCAGGUCCGGAGCUGCGGCACUGCCUUCCUCGACCAGCUGCUACGGUCGAAUGUUUAACAGGUCUGCGUCUGCGAUGGCCAAGAAAUCCGUGCUGGACAUUGCAGAGGCUCUGGAGAGGCAGCGGGGAUCGUCAGCUCCUACUGGGAACAGUCACCGGCAGCACAGGUCUCGAAGGCCGCCUUCCGUUUCAUCGCCGUCGUCGUCAGCAAGCAGCACACCCAAGAGCAUCACUAUGGGAUGGCUGGACUUUAGAAGGAACAAUGCGCCGCAGCAGGAGCUAUCAAGCAACCGGAGCAACAGCAACGAGGGGGAGAGCAGGCCACCGUCAAGGUGCGCAAACCGGCCACCUUCCAGCAGAUCGUCGUGGAGGAUCAAUCUGGUGGAGCGUCCGACGCUGGAGGAUCUAUCAAACCGCAGCACCUAUUCGGACUGCGUGUCCCUCGAUUCUCUUGGGAUGCCGGUUCUCUUCUCCUCGAGAGCAGCCGACGAAGCAACCAAGCCCAAGGUCUCGGUUCCAAAGCUACGUUUGAGAGGUGGCAGCAGCCCGAGGAAAUCUCAGGUGACAUCCUCAGCGCUCAGUAUCGUGGAGCACGCGGAACAAAGCAAGCAGAUCGAGCUGUGCAGCGGCGUUGCGACGUGCUCGGAGGACGAGGAACUUCGGGUAUCGUUUCAGCAGGAGCAGCAGGAGAGGCGGCCGAGACCAUCCACAGCCAACGUCCCGCCGCUGGUGAAUCAAUCCUCGGAUGGAGAGUCCUUCUCGGAAUGCAACUGGCGGCCGCAAUCGGCAUCCAAUGCAGUGGGUCGCAGGGGCUCGAGGGUGACUUUCGCAUCUCCAGUCGAAAGCAGAUGGGAUAGCAGCAACAAGUCUCGCCUCCGCAGCAGCAUUGAUUCUCCGGGAGAAGAACUUGCAAGCGGCGGAGAAGUGGAGGAGGAAAUCCUGCUCGAAGAGGAGAAGGAGGAGGAUGAUGUGGUGGUGGUGGGGAACAAGGAGGAAGAACAGGAAGAACAGGAGGAGAAAGAGGAGGAGCGGGCCAAUAGCAGCAACGAGGACGUGAUAAUCAAGCACUCGUCCGACCCGUACGUGGAUUUUAAGAGCUCCAUGAUGAGCAUGAUUGAGAGCGAGGGGCUGGAGAUGGAGGGAAGUAGCAGCCAGGAAUUGGACGAGCUCUUCCAGUAUUACAUGGAUCUCAAUCCUCGAAUGCACCAUCCCAUUCUAGCUCGAGUCAUCCGCGACAUCAAACAAGAGUUGGAUGACCAGCGAGCCCAAAGUUCCAAACUCUCCCCCUCGUCAACUUCGAUCUAGGUGUCUUUAACGUAAUUUUUUUCAAUCAAGUGGUGUUUUCCUUGGCAUUGUCUUGGUGUAUAUAAUGGAUUGUCAUAGUAUGGCAUUAGUCUUUGUUUGAUAUAA